GUGUGCAGCCGGCCCCCAACGCAAUGUGUGUUUGUCAAACCAUGGAAGUGGGGCAGCAUGGCAAGAGCGCCGGUCGGGCCGGAGACCGAGGCGUCCUCCUGGAGCCCUUCAUCCACCAGGUGGGCGGGCACAGCAGCAUGAUGCGCUACGACGACCACACCGUGUGCAAGCCCCUCAUCUCCAGAGAGCAGCGCUUCUACGAGUCCCUCCCUCCCGAGAUGAAGGAGUUCACCCCCGAGUACAAAGGUGUGGUAUCUGUCUGUUUUGAGGGGGACAGUGAUGGUUACAUCAAUUUGGUGGCCUACCCUUAUGUGGAAAGUGAGACCAUGGAGCAGGAUGAGGCACCAGAACGGGAGCAACCUCGGCGCAAACAUUCCCGCCGGAGCCUGCAUCGGUCAGGCAGUGGCAGCGACCACAAGGAGGAGAAAGCCACCUUGUCCCUUGAGACCUCUGAGAGCCCCCAGGAGGCAAAGAGUCUGAAGGUGGAGCUUCACAGCCACUCGGAUGUGCCUUUCCAGAUGCUAGACGGCAACAGCGGUCUGAGUUCUGAGAAGAUCAGCCAUAACCCCUGGAGCCUGCGCUGCCACAAGCAGCAGCUGAGCCGAAUGCGCUCGGAGUCCAAGGACCGGAAGCUCUACAAGUUCCUCCUGCUUGAGAACGUGGUUCAUCAUUUCAAGUACCCCUGUGUGCUGGACCUGAAGAUGGGCACCCGGCAGCACGGGGACGACGCGUCGGCCGAGAAGGCGGCCCGGCAGAUGAGGAAGUGCGAGCAGAGCACGUCUGCCACUCUGGGGGUCAGGGUCUGUGGCAUGCAGGUGUACCAGCUGGACACGGGCCAUUACCUCUGCAGGAACAAGUAUUACGGCCGUGGGCUGUCCAUCGAAGGCUUCCGCAACGCCCUCUAUCAGUACCUGCACAACGGGCUGGACCUGCGACGUGACCUCUUUGAGCCUAUCUUAAGCAAACUCCGAGGCCUCAAAGCUGUGCUGGAGCGGCAGGCCUCCUACCGUUUCUAUUCCAGUUCUCUGCUUGUCAUCUACGAUGGCAAGGAGUGCCGAUCUGACCUGCGUCUCAAGCACCUGGACAUGGGGGUUCCUGAGGUGGCACCGCCCGGCGGCCCCAGCCCUAGCCCCAGCGGCAUCAACCCAGAGGCGGGUCCCUCCUGUCCACCCAAAGUGGAUGUCCGCAUGAUUGACUUCGCACACAGCACCUUCAAGGGCUUCCGGGAUGACCCCACUGUGCACGACGGGCCGGACAGAGGCUAUGUGUUUGGCUUGGAGAAUCUCAUCAGCAUCAUGGAACAGAUGCGAGACGAGAACCAGUAGGCCCGCUUCCGGGCCCCCAGUACCCGUUCCUCUCCACCCGCAGGCAGGGACCAUUGCUCUGAACUUGCCAUGAGGACACACAGACUUACUUUUAAAGGGUUAUAUUUCUCUUUGGUGUAAACUAAAAGAAAUGUUUUUAGUUGUAGCCUGGAAUCCAUAUAUAUAAAGUGAAGGAAGGCGGAACAUCUGCUUUCCCAGCCAGGCUUCUUAGCUUCAUGGCUCCUGUGUCCAGGCCCUCUUAGGAAGGGAGGCGUGCCCCUGGUGGGCUCGGUGGCAGUCAGAAUACCAUGGGACUUCCGUUUCUCUUGCCUUGGCCUUCGGGAUCUGUGGCUGCAGGGCCCUGCUGACGGUGGGGCAGAACCCUGGGCUGGCGCAGGGUCCGUCCGUACUCAUCCGGUUCCUCGGAAGUAGAGGGCUUGGGUGCCCCACUCUCCGGGGCUUUUCAGCCUUGUGCUGUGAGCAUGAGUAGCAACUGACGGCACACAGCUGGGCCCGCCUUUCUUGGGUCUGCUGCUGGCAUGGGCCUAGGUUCAUGAAGCUGCGCUGAAGCCAGCUUAUGGCAGGGAACAGGCCCUGUUUCCCCAGUCACUCAUGGAUAUCUGAGCAGCUGCUCCUCUGCCCACAGUCCCAGCAGCCUCUCGCCAAGAUCCCUCGCCUGAGAAGGCUCCCGCCUGCCUCACUGAGCAGGCGUGAUCUGUGAGGCCCAGGAGGCCUCGGGCCUGUGUUCCAGACAGUAUUCGCAGUUCUCGUGCUGUGGGUGGGAGGCUUCCUCCUCUGGAUGGGCGCUCCUUCAGGGCUCAGGGGCUGUGGUCCGCUCAGGGUCUCGAACUUUCCCAGGCCAAGCUCAAGGCAGGCAGCCCUUUGUGAGGCAUGCUAGGCCCUGGGCCUGCAGGGAGAACUUCAAGGUUGUCUGCUUUUAGGGACACUGGAUCCUGGGUGCAGGUGCCCAGAUUCUGCUGAUGAGAGCGUUGUCGGAUUAACCCUGGGGUCCGUCAUUCUGUCCGUGUGUCCACAUGCCACCCUGUUUCAUGGGGUGAAACAAGCCUUGCUUGUUAGUCCAUACCGAUUUCUUUCAUGCUACCCUCAGCAAAAUAUUCUUUCUCAUUUCUGAGGUGAGCUUUUGGCCGUCUGCAGCAGGUGCUGCCUUUUUAAAAGGACCUGGUAGCAUGAGCUCUAGGCAGUGUUUCUCUGCUGCUCCAGUGCCCUUUCUUGGGGGCCUGCAGUGUGGCCCUCGACACUGACAGCAGGCAGUACGGGCUCAGGCUCUCACUGUUCAGUGAUUUUUGCUGCUGGCCCUUAGUGGCACGGAGACUUGCUACCUGUAACACAGGUGGCCGGCAGGUGAUUCUGUGCUUGGCCAUUGCCAAAGUGAGCCCCUCUCCAGCAUAGGGUCACUGAUGGUGUCACUUGACAUGUCCCUGUUUUGGCUUCGAAAGUAAACCUGGGUCUGAGAGGCCUUCGUAACCGCUGGAGUAACUUCCCUCUCAAAUGGGUUCCUUGAUAGAGCGCCCCCCCCCCAACCCUGUGACCCUGGCGGGGCCGGCGGCCAGCAGGGUUUGUUCCUUGGGGCUGGGAGGCGCAGCUUUGCCUCUCUGGUCAGUAACCACCUUUCCUUUAUCAUUCUGUGGCUUGGGCCAUGAAGGCAGUGCAGAAAGUGGGUAGGACCGCGGGUCCAGGGCCACUUGAGACCGCCUGGGGAUGUGUGGUUCCUCCCCCAGGUCCCGGUGCCGGGAGCCGCCCUCACAGCAGGGAGAGUUUAAAAUCCAUUUAUAAUCCACGUUCUCCCGGCACUGAGAGUGGGAGGGCUGGGGUUUGCUGCUGCGGCCCGCACAGGACCCCUUUUCAGCCCUUUGGAUAGCCAGAGAGCCAGCCCGGAUGGCUGGGGGCCGGCGUGAGUGCGCACACACCGGCGGCCCUGUUCCUUCUCGGUCCCAGGCUACAGCACCCCGACCCUCGGCAGGCCCCGGCCUUCCUAGCCCCAAAUUGGGACCAAAGUGCAGAAUGGGAUCAUGGGUUGGGGCGUCCCGGCCGCCCCGCCUCUCAUCCUCCCCCGGCACCAGGCCCCGCUGGUGGGGGAGUGGCACGGGGAGGGUGGUGCUCAGGAGGAAGGGGACAGGUGUGCAACUUGCCGGGACCCGCUCCUCCCGCCCCGUGCAGUGGGCGUGACUCCCGCCGGGGCCAGGGCUAGGUCGGCCGCCGCUCACGCUCUCACCUGGCUACGUGCACGUUUCCUAGACGCAGAUUGCUUUGAACUUUGCAGCUGUACCAUUGGUGGUUUUUGCCGAUUCAAAAAUGAGAAAAAUACGGAGAACCCUGGGAGGGACCUGGUUGCUCUGUUUCUCCGGGAAGUGUUGGAACCUCGCACUCUGGGAAUCCGGCCCUCUCUCCGGAGGUCGAGUCUCCACCCCGCCGAAGCCUGCGCCCCGUGACAGCACGUGGCUCCGGCCACGCCUCGGCGGUUCGUUCUCCAGACCUUGCGUGUCGGGGAGGGGUGCUCGGGCCGAGCCCACCCUUCUGUACACCCGGCGCUGCCCACCCCGCUUGUGUCUGAGGUCGCGUAUGUCAAAAUAAAGCCGCUAGCAACGAA